UGCCCCUGCUCGCAAACGAAACUUUUUUUCAUUCUUCUCGAGAGUGUGAAAAUCAAUUUCCAAUUUUUUCCGAAGUUUAAAGACGCUAGAACUCCCGAAAAAAUGAUGAACCAUGAACGGGUCCAAGGCUUGGACAUGAAAAGCCUUAAAAAGCAUCCAUCGUUGAUUCCAUUGUUCGUCAUUGUCGGCGGCGGAGUCUUGAUGGGUGCCGCAUACAUGAUUCGUUGCGCCACGAAGAAUCCCGACGUUUCCUGGAAUCGCAAAGCCAACCCCGAACCAAAUGAGGCCUACAGAGCCAAACAAUACAAAUUCUACUCCCCACUCACAGACUACACCGGUUUGGAGUCUCCCGCCCCCAAAUACAAGGAUUAAAUGGUCAUCUUCAGCUCUUUCACAAACGUUUUAAGCAGUAGUAGUACAUGUAUGAGAAACUAACAUCAAAUAAACAUACAAACAACCAUGUUCAAAGUUAUAAUCGGCUAACAAAAAAAUCAAGAACAUUUUUUUUCUCUUUUCAACCAAAUAGUUUUGGUCAAAAUUCCUCCAAAUAAUCAAAUGGAAUAUGCGAAAUAAAGGUUAAAAAUAAAGACAAAAGUAGAUGUU